UAGUACCAAGUGGCAUUUUGUUUUAACUCUUUUACUCACUCUGUUUCUAGGCACCUACUACCUAUAGGCUAGCAGUACUGGAAACUUUAAAUAAACCCAAGGAUCAAGUCCUUAAGAAAACAGAUCAAUCAUGUUACUCACAGUUGUAAGCAGUUUGAUCUUCACACAGAACAGGAAGGCAAUGCAAAUUUUCCCUGAAAGCGUGAGAGAAAUCUGGAACGAGUGGGAGCUUCGAGCCAUGGUUCUAAUCAGCCUUGCCUUGCAAGCCAUCCUCAUCCUGAUCGGCAACUGGAGAAAGCAUUCAACCAGCAACAUACUCCGAAUUGUCCUCUGGCUCGCUUACUUGUCAGCUGACUCUGUUGCAACCGUCUCACUUGGGAUUCUCUCCAGCAACCAGGAAGACUCCGAAGGUGAUUCUGUAAACCCUAACUUUGUUAUAACAGCAUUCUGGGCACCAUUUCUUCUAUUGCAUCUGGGCGGUCCAGAUACGAUUACUGCUUACUCGUUGGAGGAUAAUGAGUUGUGGCUUAGGCACUUUCUUGGGUUAGUUGUCCAGGUGAUUGUAGCUUUGUAUGUGUUUAUAAGAGCAUGGUCUAGUGAAGUGUUGAAUUUUUUGGCAAUUCCCGUUUUCGUAGUUGGGAUUAUAAAAUUUGGGGAGAGGACUUGGGUUUUGAGGUCUGCAAGUAGUGAGCAUUUUCGAGAGUCUAUGCUCCCUCCUCCGGACGCAGGUCCGAAUUAUGCUAGAUACAUGGAAGAAUACAGCUCAAAGAAAGCGGAGGGGUUUAGGGUUGAACCGAAAACAUUCAUUGGAGCUCCCCCAGAUCAUUCCUAUGCUGUUCAACCUGAUGAAUCUAAUAGCGCCCAAGAUGCUGCAGUUUUAAGCAAAGCUUAUAUUUUGUUUGAAACUUUCAAGCGGCUGUGUGCCGAUCUCAUCCUCACCUUCCACGACAUAGAAAACAGCCAAUCGUUCUUCAAAAGUAAAACCUCUGAGAAAGCUCUCGAGGUUAUUGAGCUCGAGUUAGGGUUCAUGUAUGAUGUGUUUUAUACUAAAUCACUUCUGGUUUAUUCUGGUGUUGGUGGAAUUCUCCGUUGUAUUACUCUUUCUUUCACAGUUUGUGUGUUCCUAGCCUUCUUGUUGAUCACGGAGAAGCAAGAAUACAUGAAAGUGGAUGUAAUUAUCACAUACAUAUUGUUGGUUGGAGCUAUUGUCUUAGAAUUUUAUGCAGUUGUCGUAAUACUUUCGUCGGACUGGACCCGGCUGUGGCUGAGCAAGCACAAAAACACGGCUGUAGAUCUCUUGCACAGAGCGGCUUCAUCAAUCCCUUGGAUAAAAGACAAGAGGUGGUCUAAUACCUUGGCACAAUAUAACCUCAUAACAUUUUGUCUCAAAGAAAGGCCAGCAAAGUGCAUUUUCAUCAACGAGGACUUGUUUAUAAAUCGGUUGCUAGAGAAGUAUCGAUACACAGACUUGAAGGAUGUUUCCAAAGAGUUGAAGAAUUUGAUAUUUGGGCAGCUGCUAGACAAGUCGAAGACUGCUUCUAAUUUCGAGGGCAGCAGACUAAAAGAACUAUGUGCUCUAAGGGGCAACAGGGUGCUUGAGAAAGCAAAAUGUCUAGAUGAACUUGGCUGGACAAUUAAUGGGGCCGAAUUUGAUCAAAGCAUCAUUCUUUGGCAUAUUGCGACAGAUCUAUUUUACUAUUCUGAUCUGAACAGAAACCGCGAAAUGGGAUUGGACAGCAGGGUGUUAUCAAACUAUAUGUUGUAUCUUUUGGUGAUGUGCCCCUUCAUGCUGCCAAAUGGGAUUGGACAGAUUAGGUUUAGAGACACCUGUGCCGAGGCUAAGGAGUUUAUCGCCGAAAGAAAAUCCAUAAAGGAUGCAGAAAAGGCCUGCACCAUGCUGCUCAAAGUGAGCACAGACAUCCUUCCAUCGAAAGUGAAGGGAGAUAGAAGCAAGUCGGUUCUAUUUGAUGCAUGCAGGCUCGCUAAAGCUCUGCAGUCCCUUGAGGAUAAGGGACAUUGGGAGAACAAUGAGAAAAAAUGGGAGUUUAUAAGUCAUGUGUGGAUGGAAAUGCUCGCUUUCGCGGCCAAUCAGUGCAGGUGGAGCGAUCAUGCUCAGCAGCUCAGGCGAGGAGGAGAGCUGCUCACUCAUAUCUGGCUUCUUAUGGCACAUCUUGGUUUAACUGAACAGUUUCAAAUUUCAGAGGGCCAUGUUAGGGCAAAGUUGAUUGUGGAGUGAAUUUAAGUGUUACUCACUACAAAGAAUGAUCCAUUUUCAAGAUGUUCUAACAAUGUUAUGCUUUUCAGAUGUUAAAUCUUAUAGUCCGACUAUAGAACGGAUUUUUAUUA